UUAAUACGAGACCAGUUACCAGGAACGAGUCAAGUUCCAAGAUGUUGAGCUCGACACCGUUGACUCGGAGAAGGCUCACCGGGCAUCGGAGUCCGUGUCAGGCAAUGGUCGAACCAUACAGUCGUUCAUAUCUUGAUGUGUCCUAGGCUCUUUCUGUUUGGGAGGAAUGGUAGUCCACCUCCCCCAAAGAAAUCUAUUCAUGACGCAGAUCUGAUCCCUGAAGCCACGGCUGGCUUCGCUAGUCUUCUAUGGUUCACUUGGAUAACACCUCUGCUUUCCCUUGGCUAUGCUCGUCCACUCGAGUCAUCCGACCUUUAUCGACUCCAGGAAGAAUGCAGCGCCUUGCCGAUUGCCGAUGCCAUUUUAACAUCGUUCAAGACUCGGAAAAAGAAGGCUGCUGAAUAUAACGAGCGUUUGGCUAAAGGUGAAGUUGGCCCAGGGUUGAAGGGUUUAUGGUGGUCCAUACAGGGCGUUCGCACAGAACGCGAGAAGCAAUGGAGGGAAAAGGACGGAAAGCGCAAAGCAAGUCUCAUUUUGGCAAUGAAUGACAGUAUCUUUUGGUGGUUUUGGUCUGCUGGUGUUUUGAGAGUCAUCGGUGACACAGCACAAAUUACUAGUCCCCUUGUCGUCAAGGCGAUCAUUAAUUUUGUCACGGUGUCUUACACAAACCAUCUAACUGGUCAAUCAACGCCUCCGAUUGGUGAGGGAAUUGGCCUUGCGUUUGGCUUAUUGGCUCUACAACUCAUCGCGUCAUGGUGCACCAAUCACUUCUUCUACCGUAGCAUGUCCAGUGGGGUCCUUCUUCGUGACGGUCUUAUCACGGCAAUAUACUCGAGAUCACUUCGACUAAGCGCGAGAGCUCGCGUCAACUUAAGCAAUGGCGAGUUAGUCAACCACAUAUCUACUGAUGUCUCGCGGAUAGAUUUCUGCCUGGGCUACUUCCACAUGUCAUGGACGGCUGUGAUUCAGCUCACUAUUUGCCUGGUCUUGCUAUUGAUCAAUCUCGGCCCGAGUGCACUCGCCGGUUUUGCCCUUCUCAUUGUUGCGACGCCCGUCCAGACCUAUGUUAUAAAACGCCUCUUUUCCCUUCGCAUGAAAAGCAUGGUGUGGACAGACAAGCGUUCCAAGAUCUUACAAGAGGUCCUCAGCGGCAUGCGUGUCAUCAAGUUCUUUUCCUGGGAAGUUCCAUUCCUGAAGCGUAUUUCUGACUAUCGACGGAACGAGAUGGCAUAUAUCCGCACCCUCCUGAUCAUGAGAGCCGCGAUGAACGCCGUUGCCAUCUCUGUCCCGACUAUCGCUUCUGUCAUUGCCUUCGUCACAUAUUCGUUAACUGGACACAGUCUUACAGCAGCGACUGUAUUUACUUCGUUGACCUUGUUCAACUUAGCCCGCAUGCCUUUGAUGUUUUUACCCUUGUCUCUGAGCAGCAUUGCUGACGCAGCCACAGCAUGCGGCAGACUGCUGGCUGUUUUUGAAGCAGAAACGCUUGACGAGACACUCGUCACAAAUAGCGACAUGAACGUCGCCGUCAGAGCUCAAGGUGCCAGCUUUACUUGGGACAGUCCGCCCCAUCGGCCUGAGGAUACAAAAAAGAUGGGUAAGGGCAGCAAGAUGGGCAUGAAGACGGGCAAGCAAAAGCUCCCUUCAACGCCUUUACCAGCUCCUGCAGAUGAUGGAAGUAUCUUCAAAAUUACGGGCAUUGACAUGGAAAUUCCUCGGGGCCGACUCGUUGCCAUUGUUGGAGCCGUCGGCGCGGGAAAAACCUCCCUCCUUCAAGGUCUUAUUGGCGAAAUGCGGCGCACUUCCGGUAACGUUGAUUUUGGUGGCUCCGUUGGUUAUUGUGCCCAAGUCGCUUGGAUCCAGAAUACAACCAUUCGGGAAAACAUCUGUUUCGGUCGUCCAUUUGAAGAGGAGCGUUACUGGAAGGCCGUCCGAGAUGCAUGCUUAGAGCCUGACUUGGAGAUGUUGCCCAAUUACGACCUUACAGAAGUUGGCGAGAAGGGUAUCUCACUCUCUGGCGGCCAAAAGCAACGCAUCAACAUAUGUCGCGCGAUCUAUUGCGAUACCGACAUCCAAAUAUUCGACGAUCCACUGUCUGCUCUUGAUGCACACGUCGGAAAGGCAGUAUUCCAGAAUGUGUUGAAGAAAAGCGCAGACAAAACUCGCAUCCUGGUUACCCAUGCCCUCCACUUCCUUCCUGAGGUCGACUAUAUAUAUACUCUGGUUGACGGGCACAUUGCCGAACGUGGCACAUACGCCGAACUCAUGGCUAAUGACAGUGCAUUCUCGAAAUUUGUCUCGGAAUUUGGGUCAAAGGAGGAUUCUACGAAGAAAGAAGAGAAAGCAGUGGAGGGUGCAGAGAUCGAAGACAAGAAAAUUCAGAAAGGAACCACUGUGAAAGCGAUGAUGCAAGAGGAAGAACGCAACACUGGUGCCAUAAAGUGGGAAGUAUACCAAGAGUAUCUCACAGCAGCUCACGGACCCGUGCUCUUGCCACUGUUACUGCUCUCUGUAAUUUUCAUGCAAUGCUGCAGUGUCAUGUCUUCGUAUUGGCUCAUUUACUGGGAAGAAGACAAAUGGCACCAAACGGCAGGAUUUUAUACUGGCAUCUAUGCUGCUCUUGGUAUCUCCCAGGCGUUGACAACGUUCAUGAUGGGAGGUGUACUUGCACUACUCACUUACUAUGCUUCCCAACAGCUGCACAGGAGAUCGAUUCAGCGAGUCAUGUAUGCCCCGAUGAGUUUCUUCGAGACAACGCCUUUAGGCCGCAUUAUGAAUCGCUUUGCCAAAGAAUCCCUCAGGACGCUCACAUCAAUGGCAUCACAAAUCAUUGGGUCAAUCAUUCUCAUAUCCAUCAUCAUACCAUAUUUUCUUAUCGUGGCCUUCUUCAUCUUCAUCUGCUGUUACUAUGCUGCAUUAUUCUACCGUGCGAGUGCACGUGAGUUAACGCGUCUGGAUGCACUACUGCGAUCCUCGCUUUACUCUCACUUUUCUGAGUCAUUAUCGGGCUUGACUACCAUUCGCGCUUAUGGCGAAUUCGACCGGUUCCGCGUAGAAAAUAUCCAGCUCACUGAUGUCGAGAAUCGUGCUUACUGGCUGACGGUUGCCAACCAGCGAUGGCUCGCCAUACGCCUUGAUUUCCUCGGCUCGUUGCUGACUCUCGCCGUCGCGCUAUUGGCUGUUGGAAUUCGAUUCGAUAUCUCUCCGGGGCAAACCGGUGUGAUGCUCUCGUAUAUCAUGAUGGUGCAACAGUCUUUCACAUGGAUGGUACGCCAAGUUGCUGAGCUCGAGAACAACAUGAAUUCCGUGGAGCGUGUCGUGCACUAUGCGAAAGAGGUCGAACAGGAGGCCGCACAUGAAGUCGAAGACAGCCCUGCGCCAGCCGACUGGCCUUCUCAUGGCGAAAUCGUCAUGAAGGAUGUGGUUAUGAGAUACCGCCCGGAGUUACCACCCGUUCUGAAGGGCCUGAGUAUGUCUCUCUCCCCUGGAGAGAAGAUUGGUGUCAUUGGCCGGACUGGUGCCGGGAAAUCAUCCAUUAUGACCGCUAUUUAUCGCAUGGUGGAACUAGCAUCUGGGUCGAUAUCCAUUGAUGGCGUGGACAUUUCGACCGUUGGUUUAGCGCAGCUCAGAAAAGGGUUGUCAAUUAUACCUCAGGAUGCUGUAAUCUCCGGUACUCUUCGGACUAACCUUGAUCCUUUCGGGCUACACGACGAUGCCAAGCUUUGUGAUGCAAUGAAGCGGGCGUAUCUUGUGGAUUCAAACAGUGAUCUUCCGUCUACCUCGGAAUCGCCCCUUGUUGAAGGGCAGUCGGCGCCUAGAUUUAGUCUCGACAGUCCUAUUGACGACGAAGGCAGUAAUUUGUCAAUCGGACAACGUUCUCUUGUCUCACUUGCGAGAGCUCUCGUGAAUGACACCAAGAUCCUAAUUCUUGACGAGGCUACAGCUUCCGUUGACUACGAGACCGACAGCAAGAUCCAGCACACCAUUGCCAACGAGUUUAAAGAACGCACAAUCCUGUGCAUUGCACAUCGUCUCCGGACCAUCAUUGGAUAUGACAGGAUAUGCGUGAUGGAUGCUGGGAUGAUUGCUGAAUUCGAUACCCCGGUCAAUCUCUUCGCUAUGCCGGAUAGUAUAUUCCACGGAAUGUGCCAACAAUCUUCCAUUACUCUCGAUGACGUUCUUUCUGCAUCCAAACACACAGCGUAAUGACUUAUACCUAGACUACAGACUACGCACAGAUUCGCAGAUUACUUCAACAUGCAUUGCCACAUUGAAGCGCUUGCAACCACGUCAUGCAAAGAUUACAUAUUGGAGGGGAAUGUAAUCCACAAAAUACAGGGGAAAGUUAAGUGACGCAGCGGUUAGGC